AAGCAUGAAAAACUUUCCAUCGUGGGUUCAACGUAUCAACGUGAUGUCGCGAAAGACGUUCUGGAUGCAUCAGACUUACCAUCUGGUGUUGUGAACGAUGAUAUCAAAAUAUAGUACAAUUCAAACUCCAGUACGAUGUCCGAGUGUAAUAAAAUUUGGAAAAUUUGAAGUGGAGACUUGUUAUUCAUGUCCAUUUCCACAGGAGGAGAAUUCUUCGAGAUUAAUAUUUUGUGAAUUUUGUUUAAAAUACACUAAAUGUCAAUCAAUUUUGGAAAGACAUAUGCGCCACUGUUAUUGGAGAACACCACCAGGCACAGAAAUCUACCAAAGUGGAGAUUUAAGCGUUUUUGAAGUCGAUGGAAAAGUAGACAAAACGUAUUGCCAAACACUAUGUCGAAUGGGAAAACUAUUUUUACAGUUAAAAACUCUUGACUAUGGCGUUGAACCGUUCUUAUUUUACAUUGUGACGAAAAACGACGGUUUUGGCUGUCAUUUGGUUGGUUAUUUUUCAAAACUAAAGCAAAAUGAAGAACAUUUUAAUGUAGCUUGUAUCGUUAUCAUGCCACAGUACCGAAGACAAGGAUAUGGACGAAUCCUCAUUGAAUUUAGUUAUCUGUUAUCUAAAAUUGAAAAACAACCAGGAACUCCAGAAACACCCCUUUCCGACUUGGGUAAAAUUACAUACGAUGCAUAUUGGAAAGGUGUUAUUCUAGAAUAUUUAGAUAAACACAAAGGAAUCGACACCAUAUGCAUCAAUGAUGUUAUUAGUGAAACUGGUUUAAUGAAGCAAGAUAUUAUAUACACGUUUCAUACGCUCAACAUGGUUGUAGAAGUCUAUAAUGAAACGACAAUAUAUAUAGACUGGAAUGUUGUAGACUCUCACAUAAAGAAGAAAAUUGAGUUAAACAAAGUUCAUAUUGACCCAGAUCGGUUGAGAUGGUCACCACCAAACAAACCAUCGAAUUUACAAUGUUCACCAGCUGAUGGCCAAUAUAUUAACAUCUUGAAGAACCUGUGAAGUGUAUUCCACGGACAGUGGGUGGCUAACCCUAUAUUAUACGUGUGCGCGGCAGACAUGCACCUGAUUUACACGCGAGAACCUGGUGUCACUGGUGUUCGCCUGCUCGGUGCUGUUUUUGGAGCUGCCGUCCACCGUCACGCGUCCGCCACUGAUGAUAGUGUCUUGCGCUUCGUGCUUUUUGUUCGACAUGGCCAUAUUCACGUACUUUUACGGGUUUAAAACCCGGCUUCAACACCCGGCCCAUAGCCAACGCGGUCAACACUAUCGCGCUCACCGCCGCGAUGUUCCUGACCCUCAAGAAGUACCCCAUGCUGGCUAGCGACGGUGGCAUCAGGUACCGCAACUAUCUGAUAUCGUCGCUGUCCGGCCUCACGUCCGUAAUAAUCUUCUUCUCGUGGCUUCCCGGGACCAAGGGCAAGAUGGUUGCCGCCAUACAGGCCCAGCUCAGGAAGACGGACGAUUUGUUCUGAACAAUUUCACGCGAUCGAGUUCAUAACUGCUGCUGGUGGAGGCUGAGCACCGAGUC